GAAAAUUAAAUUAAUUAAUCUUAUUUUUAACUGUAAGGUACAGUUUCUAGAAGAUGCAUCUCCUUGAGAUGGUAUGAAGUAUGAAUUACUUGAAAUAUUUAUCCGAAUAAAUGAACAACUUGAAAUAGCUGUUAAUUUUUAAAGAAAUCACAAUGUUGACCAAGAAAAAAGACAGAGCAGUAUGGAGACUUUUUCCUCUACCAUUAACGAUUUUUAGGUGAAAAGAAGAUGCUAGUUUCUAUGCCAACCUCCCAGCUGCCAAUUAUGGCCAUCUGCAGCUUGAUUAAGUCUCUCCUGUUUAAGCUCUUGACAAUCACCGUUCUCUUUUGCCUGAUCACUCCCUUCACAAACGCCUUAUCGUUCAACUUCACAAGUUUCACUACUAAUGAUAACAACAUAAGUUAUCAGAACGCCUACCCAGCCAACCAAGCCAUUCAGCUUACAGCAAACCAGAGAGAUCUUCAAAUGACUGCAAGUAUUGGUCGAGCCACAUACAACAAACCGAUGCACCUCUGGGACAAAGCAUCUGGAAAUCUCACGGACUUCACCACCCGUUUCACCUUUGUCAUAGAUUCACAGAACAGUACUUCUUAUGGAGAUGGAAUUGCAUUCUUUCUUGAACCUAAAGGUUCAAGAAUUCCUGAUAAUGUCACAAAAGGCGGUAGUCUUGCUCUUGCAAGUGAUGGUAUGCAACUAAACACAACAGUCAAUAGAUUUGUAGCGGUGGAGUUUGAUAUUUAUCAAAAUACUUGGGAUCCGGAGCAUGAACAUGUAGGUGUUGAUAUCAACUCUAUGCAAUCGAUUAGUAAUAUAACAUGGUGGAGUGAUAUCAUGGCAGGGAAAAGAAAUGAAGCUUGGAUUAGUUAUAAUUCCAGGACGCAAAAUUUAAGUGUUGCCUUCACUGGAUUUAGAAAUAACACUACAGUGAUGCAACACCUUAGUGCUAUGGUUGAUUUGAGGCUUUACUUGCCUGAAUGGGUUACUUUUGGAUUCUCCGCAGCCACGGGGAAUGCAUCUGCUAUACAUCAAAUUUAUUCUUGGGAUUUCAGUUCAAGCUUAGAUAUUGAUAAUAAUACAGCUGCCCCAUCUCCAGAACCUAAUCUUAACCGCAAUAGGAGGAAAAACAGGACAGGUUUGGCAGUAGGAUUGGGAGUUGCUGGUGCUUUGGUUGGUGGAAUGGUUUUGGUUUGCCUUGCUAUUUUCUACAGAAAGAAAUUUGUGAAGGAUAAAGACAAUGAUCAUGUCAUUGAUGAGGAAAUAGAGGAUGAAUUUGAGAGAGGAAAGGGACCGAGGAAGUUUUCAUAUAAUGAAUUAGCUCAUGCCACUGACAAUUUUAAGGAUGCAGGGAAGCUAGGUCAGGGAGGCUUUGGUGGGGUCUAUAAAGGAUUUUUGAGGGAUUCCAGUACCUAUGUUGCUAUCAAGAGAGUUUCAAGCGGAUCAAAACAAGGGAUAAAGGAGUACGCAUCAGAAGUAAAGAUCAUCAGUCGAUUGAGGCAUAGGAAUCUAGUGCAACUUAUCGGCUGGUGCCAUGACAAAAAAGAGCUCCUACUUGUUUAUGAGUUCAUGCCCAAUGGUAGCUUAGAUUCUUGCCUCUUUACCGAAUAUAGCUUAUUGACAUGGGAGGUAAGGUACAAGAUUGCCCAAGGAUUGGCCUCAGGAUUGCUGUACUUGCACGAAGGGUGGGAACAAUGUGUGGUGCAUAGAGAUAUAAAAUCAAGCAAUGUUUUGUUGGAUUCGGAAUUCAAUGCCAAGCUUGGAGAUUUCGGGCUCGCAAGGCUUGUGGACCAUGCAAAAGGAUCACAAACUACUGUUUUGGCUGGGACAAUGGGCUACUUGGCACCAGAAUGUCAUAUAGCAGGUAAGGCCAGCAAACAAUCAGAUGUGUAUAGUUUUGGUAUUGUAGCUUUGGAGAUAGCCUGUGGAAGAAAACCGAUCAACCCAAAGGCCGGAGAAGGUAAAGUAAAUUUGGUGGAAUGGGUUUGGGAGCUGUAUGGAAGAGGAAAACUGCUUGAAGCAUGUGACCCAAGGCUACAUGGGGAAUUUGUUAAGCAGGAAAUGGAGCAACUGAUGAUUGUCGGGCUAUGGUGCGCGCACCCGGAUGAAAAUUCCAGGCCUUCGAUGCAGCAAGCCAUUCACGCACUCAAUUUCGAAGCUCCAUUGCCCAUUCUCCCAUUAAAAAUGCCAGUGCCAACAUAUUAUGCUCCUCCAUUGAAUGUUCCUGCAUUUCCAUUGUCUUACAGAGGCACUGAUUCUGAGGGGCAACAAAACCAAUUUUCAAGUUAUAGUUAUAGCACCAAUUCCUCACAGUUAACCACAUCUUCAACAUCUUCUGCAUCUACAUCUCUUUUGUUAGCUCCUCGAGUUUAAAUUCAUUUAAUUUUUUUUCCUGAGAAUUUUUCAAUUGCUUAUGUUGUCUGUUCCCAAAGUCAUUCUGUUUGUAAUUAUUUUUGGAGAGCUGACAAUGUUAAUUGUUUUGGAUUGAUCACGCAGCAUUUAUCUAAUUUCUCUGAUAUUGUC